AUGUCUAUGUUCAGACCAGCAGGGGAGAUAUCUUCAUCGGAGUCCGAAUCAGAUAAUGAAAGCGUCUCUGAGAGAGGAACUGAAUCCGAGGUAGAGAAACCAUACACUGGUCAAAAACAGCCAUCCAAUUCUGACCAGUGGGACAAUUCGAGUUCUCUUGAAGAUGUAUCGGCCUUGUCACAGGAUGCUCUGGAUACCAAUGUGGAGCGACAUGCAAAUGUGAUGACAGCCGCCUUGCUGGAAUUCUAUUGCCAAAGUCGAGCGGCCGACAUUCUCAAUGCCCAACAGGGCUCCCACAGAAAUUUCUCUCGGCACAGUCCUGAGGUUCAGUAUCUGGGAAAGCAACUGUACAAGUACAAGUCUCAGUUUUUGGCAUCACACGGUGUCAUGCCAGAAGGGAUUGAGAAAGAAGAAUUGGGUGCAGUAAGACAAAGCUAUCGUGACAAUUUGGACAUUCUUGGACUCUCGGCCCUUGAGAAUAUCGACUUGAACCAGUCAACUUUGCGCUCCCCUAUUGAGACUGGCGAGAACCUUGCGUUGAUUGCCAGGCCCUCACGACACCAACAGCCAACGGCCGAAAACGAAAGUCAAUUCUGGCAAAAACAACAAGAUAAUUCACAACUUCCACCCCUUGAGAAUAUCGAUAUCCUGGGGAGCAUUCCCAGAAUCCCACGAAACCCAGCUGGCUCUUCAAUGCCUCUUUUUGGAAGCUCUCCAGUCGGUGUUCCAUUGUUCAAUGGACCUGCCGGCCCCUCAUAUAAUCAUAUGUCUCGUUAUUCGGUGGAAUUCAGCGAACUCAAGAUUCUGGGUCGGGGUUCCUUUGGUGAGGUCUAUCAGGUCAAAAACCAUAUAGAUGGACAGGACUAUGCAGUCAAAAAGAUACCGCUUAGCCAACGACGGCUUGAUCAAUUACAGUACGGCGGUCAGAACCAACUGGAGACUAUCAUGAAAGAAAUCCGGACACUGGCCCGUUUGGAGCACAAGAAUAUCGUUCGGUACUACGGAGCCUGGGUGGAACAGGCACAUAUUUCGAGCCACGCGACUCUUCACUCGAAGUCAGAAGCCAGCUACGACCACUCACAUAUUCAUCUGCCCAAUAAUGGUUCUAUCCAUGAACCCAGUAUGGGGAUCGUGUUUGAACAUUCGGAGAGCUCAAUUUUCGAAUCUCAUGUCAGCUCCCUUCCCGACGACCAUGGUUUUCAUGAUCGGCUUGAGCGCUUAGACAGCCACGCGACAACAUCUUCCCGCCAUACAAGAAAAAGCUCAACUGUUGAGUUGGAAGAUGAUGAUGAUAUCGAGUCCAUACCUCGGAAUUUUAAAAAUCACUCGCAUGGUCAAACAUCUACCUUCGGGGAGACUGACGACAUUUUCACCGAUGGAUUAAGUCAGGAUCGCUCGAAAAUGCUACAACGUCAUCACGGAUCCAAGCACCCGCCACCAGCUGUCAUCCUUCAUAUCCAAAUGUCUCUUCACCCCAUCUCUCUGAGUUCAUACUUGAAUCCUCAGGUGGGAGAAAGGAGCAAAAGCAAUGAUGAUGAAACCCCAUCGCGACGUCACUGUUUCCAUUUAAUGCCAUCACUACGUCUUAUUCUCGAUAUUGUCUCGGGAGUGGAGUAUUUGCAUUCAAAGGGAAUUGUGCACCGAGAUUUGAAACCAGCCAAUAUCUUUCUCUGCUCUCCUGAAAAUCACAACUUGGAAAUCUGUGCAUCCUGCAGCGCUAGUGACGACUGCCAGUCACCCUUGCACUAUUGCCGUCCUCGCAUCGGCGACUUCGGCCUCGUUGCUGAUAUUUCGCAUAUCGAUGAAUGUACCACCGAUGGUGCCGUGACUCCAUUCCACGAAGGUCCCAAAAUCCAACGAGUUAUCGAUGAGAAACUGGACGUCUAUGCGCUUGGUGUCAUAUUGUUCGAGCUUAUCUACCAACUCAACACUAAGAUGGAGCGCCAGCUGGUCUUGAAUAAUCUGACCCGGAGGUCAACCUCUUUGCCUGAUGACUUUGCCCGCAAGAUCGAUCACGGUGAGACCAAGCUUAGUACAGGAGAUUCUGUCGCAGACUCUUUGAGGGCCUGUAUCGAGGGUAUGUUGACACCACAGUCACAGCUUCGCUGGUGCUGUCAGGAUGUCAAGGAACAUUUACGUUUGAUUUAUCAAGCCGUCAAAAAGCUACAGUCAGAUGAGGCAUGA